UUUGGUGAGGGGGCCGGGGGAGGGAUCUCGCGAUUGUUGGACUUUUUUUUUUCCAAGGGGGGAGAGUUAUUUGGAAGAUGGCGCCCGUUGUUACGGGGAAGUUUGGCGAGCGACCUCAGCGUUUGACAAGGGAGGCUAUGAGGAAUUACUUGAAGGACAAAGAUGAUCAAACAGUGCUCAUACUGCAUGCAAAGGUUGCACAGAAGUCAUAUGGCAAUGAAAAAAGAUUUUUUUGCCCUCCACCAUGUGUGUACCUGCUGGGCAGUGGCUGGAAGAAGAAGUUGGAGAAUAUGGAGAAGGAGGGUUGCACAGAGCAAGAGGCCCAGCCGUGUGCGUUCAUUGGGAUAGGCAACAGUGAGCAGGAGAUGCAGCAGCUCAAUCUGGAGGGAAAGCAUUUCUGCACAGCGAAGACUCUGUAUAUCAGCGACUCGGACAAAAGGAAACACUUCAUGCUGUCUGUGAAGAUGUUGUACGGGAACAGCGCCAACAUAGGAGUCUUCCUCAGCAAGAGGAUCAAGGUCAUCUCCAAGCCCUCCAAAAAGAAACAGUCCCUGAAAAAUGCAGAUUUGUGUAUCGCUUCAGGGACUAAGGUAGCGUUAUUUAACCGCCUGCGUUCCCAGACGGUCAGUACCCGGUAUCUUCAUGUGGAGGGGGGGAACUUUCUUGCCAGCUCCCAACAGUGGGGAGCUUUCUACAUUCACCUCUUGGACGAUGAGGAGUCUGAAGGAGAGGAGUUUGCUGUGAGAGACGGCUACAUUCACUAUGGACAAACGGUCAAAUUGGUCUGUUCUGUUACUGGCAUGGCCCUGCCCAGACUGAUCAUUCGCAAAGUGGACAAGCAGACAGCAUUAAUGGAUGCAGACGAUCCAGUGUCCCAGCUUCACAAGUGUGCCUUCUACCUAAAAGACACAGACAGAAUGUAUCUCUGUCUCUCACAGGAGAGGAUUAUCCAGUUUCAGGCCACGCAGUGCUCCAAAGAGACUAACAAGGAGAUUGUUAACGACGGGGCUUCCUGGACUAUCAUCAGCACUGACAAGGCAGAGUACACCUUUUAUGAGGGUAUGGGCCCCGUCCCCACACCGGUCACACCUGUCCCUGUGGUGGAAAGUCUGCAGUUAAAUGGUGGAGGAGACGUGGCAAUGUUGGAGCUGACGGGACAGAACUUCACCCCUAACCUCAGAGUUUGGUUUGGAGAUGUGGAGGCCGACACCAUGUACAGAUGUGGAGAGAGCAUCCUGUGCGUGGUGCCGGACAUUUCUGCCUUCAGGGAGGGCUGGCGCUGGGUGAGACAGCCGGUUCAGGUCCCCGUCACGCUGGUCCGCAACGAUGGAGUCAUCUACGCCACCGCCCUCACCUUCACCUACACCCCUGAACCGGGGCCCCGACCCCACUGCAGUGCCGCUGGGGCCAUUUUGCGGACACAUAGCACGUCUUCGUCAUCACCAGCAUCUUCAUCCUCACCGUCAUCGUCGUUGGGCGGGCUCGGGGACAGCCACAGUGCGUACAAUAGCAGUGACUCGGGCAUGUCGUCAGGGGCAUCAACCAUGUCGGUGCAGUCAUAGUGAUACUUAUUUGAUAUGUGCGCUUUGUGGGACUGAGUGAGAAAACGUGUGCAUGUACUUUUGAGCCAAAGAGGCUCAUGGACCUGUGAAGAAUCGCACACAGACUCUGGAAGUCUUCAUCAGAGAGCGAAUGUGAUCAUCGGGAAUGCUAAAGGACGUAAGGGGGGGGGGGGUUAACCCUUUAAAACCUGGCUCAACAGCACUUUUCAUGUGCUGCAUUCAGAUGCCUUUCACAAAUGUCAGCACAUUGCUUUGGAUUUGUUUGAAAACUUGGGGAAAAUUGCCAAUGAGCAACUUGUAAUGUCCUGCAAAUCGCUGGAAAUGAGUAGAUUUAGAAAAUUAUUUCUAUAAAAGCUUGGAAUUUUUUUCCAGAGAACUAUGUUUAUAACUAUCACAAUUACAUAUUUGAAACG